CGGAGCGUCGGUCAGCUCACCCUCCUCAGGACCACGGAGGAGGAAAGAUUCCCCUAAACACAGUGAGAGCUUCGGAUGAGGAGAACAGGAGAGCAGAGGGCAUCGGAUAGCCAACAACUACCAUGGCAGCUCCGGAUUUAUUGGACCCCAAAUCUGCCACUCACAACUCUAAGCCCCGCCUCUCCUUCUCCACAAAGCCAAUCACACAGACUCCUCAGGAGCAAAGUGAGAUGGUCGCCACGGUGAUGAAGAGGAAGACGGUGACAGCCAUCUUUCUGUUGGUGGUUCUGUACCUGGUGAUAGGAGCAGCAGUCUUCAGGUCUCUGGAGCAGCCUCAUGAGAGUGCCCAGCGUCUGGCCAUCCUCUCACAGAAACUGGAGUUCUUGUCCCGACACCCCUGUGUCAACCAGAGCCAACUGGAGGAGCUGGUGAAGCAAGUUGUGUCAGCAGUUAGGUCAGGGGUGAACCCUGCAGGAACACCGACCAAUCACAGCAGCCUGUGGGAUCUGAGCUCCGCCUUCUUCUUUGCUGGGACAGUCAUCACAACCAUUGGGUUUGGGAACAUUUCUCCACACACCCAAGGUGGAAGAAUAUUCUGCAUCAUCUACGCUUUGCUUGGAAUCCCCCUGUUUGGUUUCCUGUUGGCUGGUGUUGGAGAUCAACUUGGCACCAUUUUCGGGAAAGGCAUUACCAAAGUGGAGAAAAUGAUUGUGCGGUGGGACAUCAGUCAGACAAAGAUCCGAGUCACGUCCACGCUGCUGUUUGUCCUGUUCGGCUGCCUGAUCUUCGUGGCUCUUCCAGCGGCCAUCUUUAAACACAUCGAAGGCUGGUCCGCUCUGGAGUCCAUCUACUUUGUCGUCAUCACCUUGACAACGAUUGGAUUUGGAGACUUUGUGGCAGGUGGAUCAGACAUCCAGUACCUGGAUUAUUAUAAACCAGCGGUUUGGUUCUGGAUCCUGGUGGGACUGGCCUACUUUGCAGCGAUCCUCAGCAUGAUAGGAGACUGGCUUAGAGCCAUUUCCAGGAGGACCAAAGAGGAGGUGGGGGAGAUCCGGGCUCAUGCAGCAGAGUGGACAGCAAACGUCUCAGCAGAGUUUAAAGAAACUCGUCGUCGCGUCAGCGUUGAGAUCUACGAUCGAUUCCAGCGAGCUGCAUCGAUCAAACGUAAACUGUCUUCUGAGCUGGGAUUCAGCUCCGCGCCUGAACUCACCCUGCCCAAGAGGACCAUGUCGGUCAACUUUAACGACGAGCGAGAGAAGAACGAGAAGGAGCUGCAGGGGUUAACCACGCCCCUGGUCAGAAACGGAGGACUGCUCAUGAACGGGCUGGACCCAGAAAGAGGAGAAGUCUGAAACUUUUCAGAAAAUAGAUCCAUCGAGGAUUCAAAUAAACUAAAGGCCAUCUUA